CUCUGUGUGUGUCUCUCUCUCACUCUCACUCACUCUCUCUCUCUCCCCCCUUCACUUCAACCGAUCACGGCAUCUCCUGUCCUUCACCACCUCGGUGGACGCUCAACUCCCUUGUCCUCUAACCCCCUUCUAUGCAGUUUGAAAAGCACACACACUAAAUAAAAAGGAAAAAGGAGAAAAGAAAAUCUCAAGCAAGGAAAGAAGGAAAGAGGAAGACAAUAGCUGGUCCCAGUGUACUGCACUGGACAGACUGUCAACCCAGAUCGCAUCUUUAGAGAUUGCAACCGGGACCGGUAAUGCAGCAAGGUCAAGUUGCUCGCAAUUAACCGGGUUUGAUUCCACAACUCGCACGACCAGCUGAACUCCCGCCUCGGAGAGCCAUUCCUAGAGUAUGGCUACAGCUCAGCUUUCCACCUCAGGUAGUGGUGUACCUACUAGGUUACCUACAGAUCAGGAGGCGCAGGAGUAUGAGAAGAUCCUGAAAAUAAGUGACGAAAUCUUUCUUGGCACUCACCCUAGAUUGAAGGUUCCUCAGCAGUUUGUGCGCAAGCCUGCUUCUCGCAACCCCCCUGCCUCCUCAACUCCCUCCCAGGUAAAGCCAGGAGAACCGCAGAAGGCUUCUCCCAAGAAGUACACCCCGUCCGCCCCUUCGAAUGCCAAAGCAGCCAACCCAUCGAGUGGUGGUGCGGCGGCCACUUCGUCGGGUGCGCCGGGGGCUUCGCGUAUCAUCCCCAACCCAGCCUCGGAAAUCGAUCCCAUUUUCCUGACUAAGUCGGAUGAUCUCGUUCGAGCAGAGCUGCAGCUUCAGCGCCAACGGGUGGAGCGAGCGCUCCGGGAGCAGCUGGAGCAGAAAAGGCAGGAAUCUAGGCAGAAGGCCGCUCUACAGGACGCGAAGCCGGACUUUGACGUUUCUGAUGUGCUCGUCAAGGCCUUUGAGAUGGUCAACCCAUCUCCCUCGGUCGAUGGCCGUGGCAAUGGAGAGCCCAGUGACUCCUUUGACGAGAACUCGUUCUAUUCCAGUAGAGCUCCUGACUCGCCUCAGCAGGGUGACCCGCAGGGACCGUCUUCAGCCCCUCAGUCGACCUCUGAGGAGCCUGCUACGGAGGGCCCAGUAGAGAACUAUUCAGAUGAGUUGCAACGGCUUGAGGCCCUCAACCGAACUGGAUUGGAUCAGGAUAUGCAAGAUACUUACCCCGUGACAGGCCAUCGAGUACCCUAUGAUCAGAGGCAGCCGCACCAUGGCGAGGUUGACUACGCAUCCCGCAAGUACCCAACCCAACCCCAAUCCACCGACGCGUUCGAAGAGCCGGAGUACUCGCCGCCGGCCCCGGGGGUCGCGCCUAUGGAAAGGGAAGACAACCACGAGGCACAUAGAGAACAUCCGGCUGGAACCAAACGACGCGCGCCGGAAGGCCGCCCGGUGGAACGAGCCCGCUACGCUCGAAGGUCGAUCUCGCCCGGCGACGAUGUCCGCAUCGUGCGGAACCACAUCACCUCGCCUGCCGCUCCACAACCAUCUAGGGUCUCUCCGUUGGCCAUCACCAAGGUUUCCUCAGUCCCCCAGUCGCGUUCGGAUUACGCCCCCGAGCGUCACACCAGCCCAGAUGUUCCUGCCUAUCCUUUGACUUCUAGAAAGCGUAGGAGACUGCAUGAGGAUCGAGACCGUUCUCGUCCAUCGUACAAGGCUCUAAACACCGGGCCUGCCGCGGAAACAUACAUCAAGGAGGAGCCCGUCUCGCCUCCACCGUUUGCAGAUGACCCACAGGCAUACCGAAGCCGUCACCCUCAAGAGCGACCUGUAUACAUAGACAUUGCCUCGCCACAGUAUACACCCGUGAUAGAGAGAAGAGAAGCGCCCAUGAGGGAGUCGGGCUACGAGUAUGAAGUUUAUGACGCGCACGCAGACCCUGGCGCACAACGGACGAUCUCCAGACUCAGUGUGAGACGCCCGAUGCGCGACGAUCAAGACCUGCGACGAGUCGCGAGCCUUCAGCACCAAGCUCGGCAACCUGAAUACGCUCGGGAGUACAUUGACCAAGCUAGCCCCCAUACUCUGCGGGCCGGAUCCUAUGCUAUUGUGGAACGCCCGGCACAGGAACGAAUCCGGUUUUAUGACGAGGUGCCUCCGCCGCCUGCACGACGCUAUAUCCCCGCUGCAGAAUCGCCCAUGUCGCCUCGACUCCGUGAGGCAUACUACGAAGAGGAGGCGACGGGUCGCAUGAUGGCACCACCGCCGCGCCGGAUCGUGGUCGACGAGCACGGCAACCAGUACUACGAGGCGGUCUCGGCCCCGCGAGUGCAAGCCAUGCCUUUCCCGGCCAGCCGAGCCCCGCGAAGUGACGUAUACGAUGACCGUGCGGUGUCUUUGCGCCAUGCGAGCUUGCGCGCAGCGUCCGUCGUGGAAGACCCCUACGGCGGUCGGAGGUACGUACCGGACAUGCCCCCUCCGCCCAAGGCUUAUCGACGCGUCACCGACUAUGCUCGGCCGAUUCCAGGCGAAGGGCGACCGUACACGGGUGCGACCACCGCGGCCGUUGUCGCCGGGCAGGACGAGCGGGAUGUGUAUCCUCCGCGUAGCGCCAGCGUCCAAGUGGCCGAGUACGCGCCCCGCCGACCCCAGUAUUACCUCAACCCUGAAGAAGCUGAGGUGCCGCGGGAGCGGAUCGUGCGGAUGCCGAGCGUGCGUCCACCCGCGGCGGGCCGGUAUGAGGAGCCCCGCGAGAUCAUCCAGCGGGUGGACAGUGUUCGCCCGGGCGGAGUGCGCGACGUGAGUGUGUAUCUGGAUGACGGUACCCGUCCGCCGCGGGAGUAUGUGGAGCGGCCCAUGUAUGUUGCGACGCGGCCUGUGAUGACGCGCGAGGAACCGAUCCGCUACUAUGAGGGGGGUGUGGCCGCGAAUCCGGAGCGCGUCGUCCUGGAGGGAACCCCGCGGGGGGAUGUAGUCCAUCGAGCCCCUCCGCGAUACUAGUAUCUUUAUUUUUGCGGUUGAUGAAUUCUUUGAUGAUCACGUAUAUGGUCCAUCUGUGCAAGACCCUGUUGCGGGGCAUCUCGUUGUACUUACAAAAGCAAGCAAGCAAGCAAGCAAGCAAGCCAGGACUGGACAUUCAUUAUAUUGAGCAUUAAUUGUUGUGGGGGACUAGCCUUCGCCUAGAUUGAUUUUCACACAUUUUCAUAGUAUA